CGCGGAGCGCAGCGCCCACCGCUGGGUGGUCAGCAAGCGCGGGUCUGGCGGAGCGCGGUGGCGCGCGGAGACCGCGAGGCGACCGGGGGCGGCUGGGUCCCCGGCGGCGCGGCCCUCGGCCGGGCCGGGAGACGCGCCAGUCGGUGCCCCAGGCCGAGCGCGGCCCGCCUCCCUCUCAGCGAUCAUCCGUCAGGAGUGCGGCCAGCGGGCAUGCCAGAUCCACCAGGGGCGCCGCCGCCGGCGCUCGCAGGCCGCGGGUGAAGAAAGUGCAGCCUCGCUCGGCCCGGAGCGAAGAGGUGGCCCGGAACGAAGAGGUGGCUCGGAGCGAAGAGGUGGCCCAGAGCGAAGAGGUGGCCCGGAGCGAAGAGGUGGCUCGGAGCGAAGAGGUGGUCCAGAGCGAGGAAAUGGCGGCAGCCGGGCUCAUCGUGACCGUCACCCACAGCAAUGAGAAGCAUGAUCUUCAUGUUACCCCGCAGCAGGGCUAUAGUGAGCCAGUUGUCCAAGACCUGGCCCAGGUUGUUGAAGAGGCCACAGGAGUCCCACUGCCUUUUCAGAAACUUAUAUUUAAGGGAAAAUCUCUGAAGGAAAUGGAGAAGCCAUUGUCAGCACUCGGAAUACAGAAUGGUUGCCGAGUCAUGUUAAUUGGGAAAAAGAACAGUCCAGAGGAAGAGGUUGAACUAAAGAAGUUGAAAGAUUUGGAGAAAUCUGUGGAGAAGAUAGCUGAUCAACUGGAAGAGUUGAAUAAAGAGCUUACUGGAAUCCAACAGGGUUUCCUGGCCAAGGAUUUGCAAGCUGAAGCUCUCUGUAAACUCGAUAGGAGGGUAAAAGCCACAACUGAGCAAUUUAUGAAGAUCUUGGAAGAGAUUGACACACUGAUUCUGCCAGAAAAUUUCAAAGACAGUAGACUGAAAAGGAAGGGUUUGGUGAAAAGGGUUCAGGCAUUCCUAGCUGAGUGUGACACGGUGGAGCAGAACAUCUGCCAGGAGACAGAGCGGCUACAGUCCACGAACUUGGCCCUGGCCGAGUGAGGGCCCUGCAUGAGCUGAUUGAAAACCUCCUCCUGGACUCACUUCCUAGGACACCUCCCCAUGUUCCUGUGCCUCUGCUCUUCCUGCCUGCUCAUUCUUCAGGGCUGGCUCUGCUUCGGCUUAUCGCAUUGCCGUCUAUCUGAAACGUCCUCAUCUCCCUUCUGCUGAUUAGAUCUUCAUUUCAAGGCUCAGAUGCUACUUCCCAGUGAAGCCUUCCCUGAUGUCCCCCAGGGUUUCCCGAGCAGACCUGGAUUUAGGCUCCAGUUUUUGUCCAUUUGGGCUGCUAGAACAAAAGACCAUAAACUGGGUGUCUUAGAAACAACAAACCUUGAUUUCUCACAGUUCCGGGGGCUGGGAAGUCUAAGGUCAUGGUGCUGGCAGAUUUGGUGUCUGGUGAGGGCCCUCUCCCUGCUUCAGAGCUGGUGCCUACUUACUAUGUCCUCACAUGGUUGAAGGGGCAAUGGAGCUUUGUGGGGUCUCUUUUAUAAGGGCACUCAUCCUGUUCAUGAGGGCUGUACCCUUAUGACCUAGUCACCUCCCAAAGGUCCCACCUCCCGAUACCAUAACCUUGGGGAUUAGGAUUUCAGCAUAUGAAUUUUGGGGCCACAAGCAUUCAGGCCACAAACAUAGGAGCUUCUUUCAUACCGCCACAGGCUGUCCCACUCACUGGGUCACUCCUGCCUCUCAUGGACCUAAGUUCCUUGGGGCUCCUAUGCUUCUGCCCCCAUGUGGCAAUGCCCCCCACAUAGUGGGUGUUCAGGAAUUGACGACUAAAGUGCAUUGUGGGGAGGCGGAGUGCAGAACCCUGUGGUAUCAGAGCUUCUUCCUGGAGGAUGUGGGAAAAGGUUGCAUUUACUCUCAGCCUGCUCUUGAACCCCGUCCUCACUCAGCCCAGGCGGGAAUCUGAAAUGGGCAUAAGGACUGUCUUCCGGACAGGCCUCCUCAGUGUUCCCAAUGGGACAACUGCUCAGGGAAUGGAUGCCAAGCUAGGAGUAAGCAGGUUAGCUGGGCCAGAGCCCCCAGACCCAUUCUCUGUUGCCCCAGCCCUUAGGACUAUGUCCUCAGCUAGGGAAAUGGGAGUGGGACCCGCCAUAAGGUUAGUGACCUUCUAGAAGGGUCCUAAGUAGUCUUCCUGCUUCUCCCUUUAGUCUGUUCUCAACACAGCAACUAGAGUGAUCCUUUUAACACACAACUCUGCUCAAAAUUCUUUUUUUUUUUAAAGAUUUUAUUUUUUAUUUAUUUGACAGAGAGAGACACAGCGAGAGAGGGAACACAAGCAGGGGGAGUGGGAGAGGGAGAAGCAGGCUCCCCGCUGAGCAGGGAGCCCGAUGCGGGGCUCGAUCCCAGGACCCUGGGAUCAUGACCUGAGCCGAAGGCAGAUGCUUAACCGGCUGAGCCACCCAGGCGCCCCUGCUCAGAAUUCUUUAGGGUCUCCCAUUUCGCUCAGAGGGAAAGCCAAGUUCUCAUAUUGGCCUUCAAGGCCUUACCCAGUAUAGUUCCCAGUUGCCUCUGUCAUCCUCUCUCCCAUUGCUCGGCACCCUGCCUCUCAUUCCCAUCCAGCCACACUGGCCUCCUCACCGCACCUCUAACACUCCAGCCAUGCUCCUGCCUCAGGGUCUUUGCCAGUCCCCUCUGUCUGGAACCCUCUUCUCCCAGAUAUCCACACGGCUCACUCCCUUGCCCCCUUCAAGCCUUGCUCUAGGAGAGAACCCCUGAUUUAAUGUGGCAGCCCUCUGUUCACCCUGCCCAAUAUAUUUUUCUUUAGCCUUUGUCACCUUCUAACAUUGCACCUAUCUUGUUGUCUAUUCCCUUCCAUCCUACCCCAUUGGAUUUAAGCUCCAUCAGGGUAGUUCUCUUUCUAUUUGCUCACUGAUACGUCUUAAGGGCCCAGAACAAUGCCUGAUAUAUGGUCGGUGUGAGGCCACAGAGGUGUUCCAGGCCUUGAGAAGGCCCCACUCCAGCAUGUGUCCGGCCCGGGACAAGGGCUACCCUUGGCUCACACAGCUGCUGUCAGUCCCGUAAGCAUCGCCUGUCACAGCAGACAGGAGCUCAGAGGACCCAGGUCAGGCUUCCUUCAGCACCCACUACCUGGCAGCCAGAAGACUUACCUGUCUCUCCAGAGAUAGGCCUGCUCCCUGCUGCUUCCCACAUCUCUCGCCGAGAAGUUGCUUAGAGCAGCUUUGAACUAGGACUUCCUAUGCUACGGCUGGAGAAACAGAGGCCCCAGGAGAGGAGGGGCUUUUGCAAUUUGGGGCCAGAGUCGGGAUUUGAACCCAGGUUUCUUUUCUCCUAGCCCAGGGCUUUUCCCACCACAGUGGAGAGGUACAGAAAGAAGGUAUAGGCAGAAAACCGAGGCCUCACAGGAUGCUCCAGGCCCUGUCUCUGCCCUCACCACAGGCCCAUCUACCAACACCAAGCCACAGAGAAUCCAGGCUCUGUCC